CUUUAGAAAUCGGAACAAUACUUUGGGAAGGGUACGUGCGACCAUCUUUCCGCUGCACAAUGGGUUUAUUUAGACUUGUUUUGUUUCAGCUCUGGGAAGGAAAUCGCACUCGUGCAACGGAUUAGACAGCUUUCGCACUAAGGUGGAGAAAAACAUGUUUUAGACUUGUUAAUACGAUAUAGAAUGGACCAUGAUUCACAUUAUUGUUAUAAUAUAGUUAUAACUGAGUUAUACUCUUAAGCUGUUAUAAGUUGGGUUUGUAAUGCCCUGGAUGAUUUUUAAAGCAUCAUUUCUAUUGCUCUUAGCCUAAUGGUAGUAACAAAGUAGCGUAAAUUCAAUAGCAUUAAAAACAUAACGCAAAUAGUCUAGUUGUGUAAAGUCGCACCAGCAUGAGAGAGCAACAUGAAGAGCGGAGCUUGUGCUUUGGGAACGAUAAUUCAUGAUAAUCAGCCUUUUAGACGAAUUUACAAUGGAUGAAAUAGCUUUGGGUAGUCUCUGUUUUGAACUGGAAAUUCUAAAUACGGGAUACCAAAAGAAAGUGAAGACCGAGAGAAUUGAGGAAAUGAUUGCAGCCCAUAGUAAAAUAAGUAGUUAAAAGCAAGAGACAUCUAUUAUUCGUUUAAUAUGUGUUUUCUCUUGACUUUAAUGAUAAUCCGAUUCAAGAUUAAAAUAAAAACUCCGGCUGUUAAAAGCAGGUUCUAGAAUCUAUUAUAUCGAGCCUCAAUUAAAUUAGAAGAAAAUAGCAUCGAAAAGAAAGUGAGUAAGGGAUAAAUAAGGUACGACAAAUUUCGACUAUUUCCUAAAAAAUUGUCCGGUAAACUACGAAUUUGUACGAACCCUUUACGAGUACUACCCGAACUCUUUCGACCUUACUUCGUACUCCUAGAAAUCUUUAAUCGCCAUCAUAGCACAUAAUAGCCAUUACAAGUGUGAAUUACCUGUGAAAACAAAAAUCCGAGAACCGAAUGAAUGCAUGAGAAUAUCAACAUGUGGAUUCUAAAUAUCCAAAGAAUAUGCUUGCACUUCGGAAAUGGCCAGUCUACGAAACUUUAGCCCUGUGACACAAGUAAACACAGCGCGCCAGAAAAAAAUAUACGUGUAAUUAAAGGUGAAAAUAUUCUCUACCUAGUUUAUCUUUAGAUAUUGGCAUAUCCUCUGUGUUUUUUGAGACAUGUGUUUAAAAGGCUUUACUGUCCGCUAAUGGAUACUUGCAAAGUAUCUAGAAAGACAAUGCGAAGAAUUCAAACAGAGUAUUAAAAAGCUAUAGCCUAUUAAAGGGACAGAUGUUUCUCGCAGACAACUUCCCAGGGAGAGAACUUAAACAACAUUGGGGAGCAAAUCAAUAAGUUAUACAAACUCGAAACUGUUGCGAUUAUAGUGGAGAGGUACACACGCAGUGUUUCAUGCUCUUCGGUUCCUGGCUGUUCGCAUCUAUCUCUCAAUCUGGCACAGUAAGGUUCAUAAUUAGCCUUAUUCUUGGAAGAAAUGGAGGAAAUUCGAGUUGCUCAUGAUGGAAAAAGGAUCUGGACUACAUGUUUGAUACAGAAUAAUACGUUUUUUGGCCCGUACGAAGGAGAUAUCUUACAGAUAGCAAGGCAAGUACUGGAUGAUCAACAGCCGGCAAAAAUAUUGGAGGAGACUGAUUUACAACGUCUGCAUUUGACGACAAACGAACGCGAGUGGUUACCUCUUAUAUCGGGUGCACGAACAAAAGCCGACCAAACGCUCGAAAUGAUUCGUGGACCCGAUGGGGGCAUGUACUUCCGAACGCUUCGCGACACCCAGCCGAGUGAAGAGCUUAGAGCCUGGUUCUGUUCGUCUUUGUCACGUGACCUUGGAAUUGUCUAUGAAAACAGUGACAGCCAAUCAGAAAGUCGCCCAUUGAGGUGCCAGCGAUGUCUAAAAAUCUUUGCACAGCUAAAUCUUCUCUCCGCGCAUGCUCUGCUCGAUUGCACAGACAGCCAGUCCCAGAAUGCAAUUCGAGACGAAGAUUGGUAUUCUCCGUCUUCUUAUGCGUCGAGCACCGACGGAAUGAGUUACGAGCGUAACGAACCACACGAAGAGGACACGGUUGACAACGAUGAGGCGCCAAACAGUAAAGAACUCCUAACCUCCAACACCUUCUCUCUGUUGCUGACGAAUCCUAAACUGGCUAGCCUUAUAUCCUCGUUCUCAAGCCAAGCGAGAAGGACUGGGAGCGAAUCUCUUGCUGAUUAUCAUAAAAAGGAGUUUCGGAAAAAGUUUCAGGGAAACGAGCACUAUUUGAGAAAGCAUCUUUACCGCGAAGGUCCGGACGGCCGGAGAAUAAGCACAGGAUUCUUACCAGAACAGAUUUUUAGCUGCGAAGGUUUAUUUACGAGGUCGAUAAACAAGCAAAGUGUAAAAAGAGAGAAAUUUGAUAGUCAAUUCCAACCAGAGAAAGAUAUUGUUGAAAAAGAGAAAGAGAGAUGUAGCCAUGGCAACGGAGAAGGAGGGCUGCACGUAUCCAAGACAACAAGACAUGAUGUUUUAAAAGAUAAUGGUUGUCAAGAAAGAAAAGCAUUUCGUGUAUGGCGUCCUUUUACAGCAAGCGACGAACCUGAAAACUCGAGUGAUCAUCCAGGCGAAUGCAACUCGACAUCUAACCGAAGUAGUGCCGAAGGGAUCAAAAAUACCAAUAAAAUAACUGACACAAAAUCUAUGGUAGAAAAAGAAAGCAAAUCUGCCAAAACUUUUUUUAAGAAACCUUCAGACCUGGAUUCCAAUUGUAUAAUACCAGAUUUCAAAGACUGUAGCAGUACAAAUCAAACCGAACGCGUAGAGGAAAAAGGUGCUUUAAUAAAGAAAGCAAUGAUUGACAGUUCGAGGGAGGAUUUCCGAGACCAAGCCCACGGUGAACAUGUGACCCACCCAAUAAAAUGGCUCGUACCCAGUUCUCCCACAGUCUCUAGAACAACAGCCUUAAGCAUGGUGCCUCGCUUCUACGCCAACUCGUUACCAUUCCCGUACGCGCCCCGAUACCCAGCAUUCCAUCCAAUCGCACACCAAUACAUAUCAGCUCCUAGUACCCAGGCUUCAUCAACGCGCUCGACACAAGGAUUCACUUGUGACUUUUGCGGCAAAGUGUACUGCAGGAAGUACGUGUUAAAGAUCCACAUGAGAACACACACGGGGUUCAAGCCGCUGAAGUGCAAGUUUUGCGACAAGUCUUUCAGUGAUCCAAGUAACAUGAAGAAGCACGUAAAGCUACACGAGACAGAGAACACUGUCCACAAAUGCAAGCACUGCGGGCGCAGCUUCGUGAGAUAUCGCGGUCUUCUUAAUCAUAUCAAAUCUAAGCACUUUAAGCCGGUACCAAUAGGGUACAUAUACUGAAAAAAUUCAUACAGUAAAAUUUGUAUAUAUUUCUCUUGUAUACUAAGCUAUGAAGAAAGACUAUUGCGAUAUCUAUUAAGUAAAUAUAACGAUACACUAUGCAUAAAUGCAAUACGGUUCAUAUAUAUAUAUAUAGAAUCAAAAAGCCCAAACUGUCGCGAUCUCGUACCAGAACAAUGAAUACAAUACACAAAAACUGGAAAUCGACUCUGCCAAAUUUUCGUCUUUAAUAAGACUUCUUCAGGGCAGAUUGCAAGUUUGACAACAAGUUUGGCUCUGAUUUUUAUAUGUUUAGGUAUAUUUAGUAUGGAGCGAUUGUAAUAAUCGUUCAUGGUCAAAUAGUGAAUUGAAUAUAAGGAAAAUAAUAAGAUAUAAGACUAUUUUGUGAAGUUAAAACUAUGUGGCACAAGGCAUAGUGAUAAACGGUAUAAAAAGGAAAUUUACCAUUUAUGAUGGAUGUAAUCGAGAUAAGACGAAAUAAGCCUGAAUUACUAUAUGUAAAUAAAAAUUGAGUAAGUCAUUGAGUAAGUCACCCAAAUUUCACACUUAAAUAUACUAACCGAGGCGAAUUCUACAAAGCUGGCAUGAGACUUAUUGUUAUAGUAUAAUAGUAUUUUUAUGUCAAAUGUAUAUUAUGUUCGCUCCUUAAGGGGUAAUUAAAUAUUGAAAAUAAAGUUAAAAGGAGAACAAAA